CGCUGCCGCCCCGCCGUUGUGUGGGGAUAGCCCCGGGUUAAACCUGCCUCGCUGCGUGGAUCCGUGGAGCUCCAGCUGUAGUCCAUCCGCAGGCCGCAGGAACCACAGACGAUUGUCGAUCAUGUCCCAGACCGUCCCUCCGAUUCUCUCCGUUCUCCCCAUUCGGGCUCUGGUGGAUGAGAAGUUCAAGGUGUUGGUGGAGAACCUUCCCCCGGGAUCUCCGGUAACGAUCCGCUCCCUCCACCACUCCGAGGACCGGGACUACUGGGAGGCCUACGGACACUUCAUCAGUGAUCACAGAGGAACGGUGUCCGUUUCAGAGGAUUUGAGUUUCGGGGGCACGUACGCAGGACGAGAACCCAUGGGCUUGCUGUGGAGCAUGCGCCCUGUCCCAGGCAGCCGCAAAGGCCUCAGGUUAAGAAAGAUGAACGUCUGCACCCCCAUGCUGAUCAACAUCUCGGUCUACAGUGGACACGAGGGCUUCAGGGAGCAGGCUCCUCUGGCCUCGGUGCUGACAGAGAGAUGGUACAAGGCCCCGGGGGUCCAGCGGAUCGAGAUCAGACAGAAAGGAGUGCGGGGGACCCUGUUCAUACCUCCAGGUCCAGGACCCUUCCCCGGGCUGCUGGACAUGUGGGGAGGUGGUGGAGGGCUUUUGGAGUACCGCUCUGCCUUGCUGGCGUCCCGGGGUUAUGCUGCCCUGGCGCUGGAGUACUUCGCCCCUGGUGAGCUGCAGUCGGCAGAGCUGGAGUUCAACUAUUUUGAGAAAGCAUUCAACAUCGUCAAGGACCAUCCUCAAGUGAUGCCAGACAGAGUUGGAAUUUUUGGUCUUUCCCUUGGCUCCAUCGUGGCCAUGUACUUGGCAGCUGAGAGCACUCUUAUCAAACCUCGUUGUUGUGUUUGUGUCAGCUGCAGCAACUCUUACAUGCGCGGGAAGAGCUUAAGUGGAGUCCAAAAUGAGAUUGCCAAGAAUUCUGACAAGUUGCGUGUGGACGAGAACAACCAUCAGAUAUGGCGAGAUAUGGGUCUAGCAGUUAUUAGGGAUCCCUCAAAUAAAGUGGACGUGGGGGAAAUAAACUGUCCAAUAUUGCUGGUGAACGGCAAUGAUGAUCAGAACUGGCCUACGCUGGAGGUGGCUGAGGAUAUCGCUCAGAGGAUGCGUGCGGCAGGUAAGGAGCACCUGCUGACCAGAUUGGCGUACCCUAACACUGGACAUUUGAUCGAGCCGCCCUUCUCGCCCCACUUCAGAGCUACUAACUUCAUAGUAAACAGCACGAGAGAGAAAGUGAUACUGCUGUGGGGAGGACAAACCAAACCCCAUUCGGACGCUCAGGAGGACUCCUGGAAGAAGAUUUUGAGUUUUCUGCAGCAGCAUCUGUACUGCAGUCCACGUCCCAAAGCACAGUUGUGAGCGACAGCGCGCACGCGGACUGCCGGUCGUGCCUUACUACCUCGACACCGACGCAUAGUAUUGGAUCCUCCCUGUACUGACCGCACGCAUUUGCAAGGGGCUCAUUCUAAACGAGGGAAAUCACAACAAUUCUUUGCUUCGGAUGAUUAUUCACUAAUGAAAACGGAAUUAAGAAUAUGCCUUUCUGCCAAUAGAUCCCCCUAAAUCCUACACACUGGUAGUUUUAAUUUAGUUUAUGUUUUCUGUGGGAUAAGGAUUUGAUAUUGCCCCACCCGAUCACUAGCUGCUGUGUUAUUUCCGAUUGAUGAUGAAACUGCUUUAACUUGCGCACUGUAUAGUUACCCAGUUAAAUAUGUGACAAUGCACAACUGUCCUCAUACAAGAAAAUAGUAGACGAAGCCGCAUCAAAUAGGAAUUUUUUUUCCUCUGAGCCCUUUAUUUUCCUGUAUUAGGACACUUCAAUACAUAAUUUGCGAAAGACACAAAAUCAGUUUUUAAUUAACUCUGGAA